CCUCUAAGCUCGCGCCGGGAGUCCAGCCACUCACUGGGGCUGAUCUGGGGAACUGUGACAGGCGCCUCCCGGGAGACCCAAUGGAGUCGUCGGCAAGGAGUGCAAGGCAGGGAACAACGAGGCGGCGCAGCCCGCACUUACCGGCGGCGGCCGAGAAGAAGGAGGAGCCGCCGGAGACGAAGCAGAAGCCGCAGCCCUCGCCAAAGAGGCUCGGGCGGAGUGUGGAAGACAGCCAGAAUCCAGUCUUUCGAGAGGUGAUCAAUUUUAAGCCAAUUCCCUUUCCAGUUAGAAACUAUGACAAGAUCACCACUGAACCUGUCAGCUUUUACUUUUCUUCACUGGAGGAGCUUCUGGCAUGGACACCAGUUAGUGAGGAUGCCUUUAACAUUGCUAUGAUACCCCUAGCAGAUCGCCAACCCUCACUUCAAAGCCAGAGGCCUCGGACUCUGGUGUGCCAUGACAUGAUGGGCGGUUACUUAAAUGACAGGUUUAUUCAAGGCUGUAUGACAGAGUCUCCCUACAUCUUCUACCACUGGCAAUUCAUAGACAUCUUUGUGUACUUCAGCCAUCACACAGUCACCAUCCCUCCAGUGGUCUGGACCAACGUUGCCCAUAAGCAUGGGGUCUCUGUGCUAGGGACCUUGAUCACAGAGUGGACAGAAGGUGGGAGGCUCUGUGAGAAAUUUUUGUCUGGAGACCCGUCCUCUUACCAGAAGGUGGCGGAUCAGCUAGUCCGCAUUGCACAGUUUUUUCGCUUUGAUGGCUGGCUGAUCAACAUUGAGAACUCACUGAGCGCGACUGCAGUGGGGAACACUCCUUUUUUCUUGCGAUACCUGACUGAACAGUUACACCAACAUGUAUCAGGUGGAUUGGUGAUUUGGUAUGAUAGUGUAACAAAGGAUGGACAGCUGAACUGGCAAAAUGAAUUGAAUGAAAGAAAUAGGGUAUUCUUUGACUCCUGUGAUGGCAUCUUUACCAAUUACAACUGGAAGGAGGAACACUUGGAACGUAUGGCACCCUUUGAAGUGAGAAAGGCAGAUGUGUAUGUAGGAGUGGACAUAUUUGCCCGGGGAAAUGUCGUGGGAGGUGGAUUUGACACAAACAAGUCACUAGAGCUGAUCCGGAAGCAUGGGUUCUCAGCUGCGCUCUUUGCUCCUGGCUGGGUGUAUGAGUGCUUGGAUAAUAAGGAUUUCUUCCAGAACCAGGAUAGGUUUUGGAGUUUGUUGGAGCAAUAUCUGCCCACUCACAGCAUUUGUUCCCUGCCCUUUGUCACCUCAUUCUGUCUGGGCUUGGGAACACGGAGAUUCUCCUAUGGACAGGAGGAGACAGUAGGACCCUGGUACCACCUGAGUGCUCAGGAAAUCCAGCCUAUCUUUGGAACCCAUAAAUUAGAAAGUGAGUCUGGUUGGGUGAGGAUUCACAGCUGCUUGAUGGAUGCCUGGAAUGGAGGAAGCUCCCUGCUUGUGCAUGGGAUGAUUCCUUCCAACACUGGGAAGGUAGCUGUGAGGCUUUUUUCUCUGCAGGUCCUAGCACCACCAAAAAUUUAUCUGUCACUAAUAUACAAACUGGAAGGGCACACAGAUAUCACCGUUGCAUUGGAACUUUCCACCCUGGAUGUUAGAAGAUGUAACAUUGGAGGCAUCUCGUCUGUACAUGCAGGGCCAACCACUAGGCACACUCCCCGACCUCUCCAGAUGCCCCCAGCCAAGCUGCUCAAGUGGGUUGGUAGAUGCAGCCAGCAGUUCGACGGAGGCUGGAUCCAUCGCUGCUAUGAAGUUAAUCUUCAGAACUGCUUUUUGCAAGACAUCUUUGUUAAUUUCACACGCCCCUUGGGAAGCCAGAACGAUGAAAACUUUACUUGUCGCCUUGGGGAAAUCCAGGUAGUGGAUGCAAACAGCCUAAUGACACCCUUGUCCCAGGUCCGGGACCUAACUGCCUCCCACACCUGCUGGCAGCGUAUCCACUCAGAGGUACACAGGUUCAAAAUAAAGCUUCUUCUCAGCUGCACUCUCCACUGGUCCUACCUGUUACCUCAAGCCUGUGGCUUCCGGAUCUACCAUCGGGGAGGGAGCUAUUCACGUAGAAAGGAGCUGCUGGACUCAGAAGAACCCACGUUCUUGGGUCUAGCCCAUAGCAAUAUGUACCGUGUGGUGAACCUGGAAGUAGAAGAAGCCCCAGCUGGCCAUGACUGCUUUGUGGAGUUCUUGGUACAACCUAUUCCCAAGGAAGGAUUCUUGGUUCCUCAGGUAGAGUGGGGCAGAUUGACUCUGCUGUACUCAAAACCCAGUAAGCAUUAAAGCAGAACUUUCUCAUUGACUCCA